CUUCAGGAUAGCCAGAUUUUUUUUUUUUUCCUGCUUGCACAUUGAUCAGAAGCUCCCAGAGCAAUCAUUCUAAAAGAAACCUGCAGAAGCUGUAUGGACUUUUCUCACUCACCCAGGAGGUCAUGCAGAGUCACAGACCCACCUCUUGAUGGGAAGUGUAUCAGACAAGUUGCAGUGUUUUAAAGCCAUCACGUUACAGAAUCCCUGAUAGGGAGCAGAGGCAGAUGGAAGGCCUGCCUGAUGCCGCCGCUUUUGCAACUAAACUUAAAAACACUCUCAUCCAGUACCACAGCAUUGAAGAUGAUAUGUGGCGAGUUGCCAAGAAAACGAGAGAUGUCACAAUUUGGAGAAAACCUUCCGAAGAAUUUAAUGGAUAUCUUUUCAAAGCCCAAGGUGUUAUAGAUGAUGUUGUCAAUGCUGUAAUGGACCACAUAUGCCCAGGUCCCUGUCGCUUGGAUUGGGACAGCUUAAUGACUUCAUUGGACAUUUUGGAGCACUUUGAAGACAAUUGCUGCGUGAUGCGUUACACUACUGCUGGUCAGCUUUGGAAUAUCAUUUCCCCACGAGAGUUUGUUGAUUUCUCCUACACCGUGGACUAUCAAGGAGGGCUUUUAUCCUGUGGGAGAAGUCUUGAAUGGAGUGAAAGGAGACCAGAAUUUGUUCGCGGAUAUAACCAUCCGUGUGGUUGGUUUUGUGUUCCACUGAAAGACAGUGCACACCAGAGUCUUUUGACAGGCUACAUUCAGACGGAUCUGCGUGGGAUGAUCCCUCAGUCUGCAGUGGACACAGCCAUGGCCAGCACUUUAACCAACUUCUAUGGUGAUUUACGAAAAGCCUUACGAAAGGCAUGACACGUUCGAUCUUUGAGCACCAUGGUUCCCUGAACCAGCUUUUUCUCUCGGCUCCAUGGCCUGUAUAAAACAUCACCCUUUCCUCUCUUCUUUACAGCCUGUAGAAAAAUUUGAGAUGUUUGGGGUUAUUUUAUUCUUAAAGGAAAUAGUUAUCAAAGAGAGGGCGUUUUAGUUUUCUCAUCGUUCUUUGCACGUUGUUUGGUGUGAGUCUCUAGGAGUGGAGAGUAUGACAGAAAUCCACCAAGAAGUAGAUAAGAGUUCUUUGACCCACACUCUGAAGAAGUUGAAUAGUGCCUCAGGAUGAAUUUUCUUGGCUGUUUGGAAAUUAGAGAAAGCACAAGCUUCAUGCUGUUAGGUUUAAAAUAAUCUAUUUGAGAGCUUUAUGAACAUUUUGUAAAAGUUUUCAUUUUUUUCAGUAGUUAAAUAUUAGUGCUUUACUUUUGGUAUGCUCUAUGAGUUUGCCAAUAUCUUGGACUAAAGAAAAUAUUCUCUAUAAAAAUGAACUUCAUUGUCAAUUGACUUGCACUACUUUAAGUGUUGAAAGUAGAUAUGAAAAGGAUAGAUGUCACAGUAUCUAUAGGUUCAAAUCAAAUGCAAUUCAAUUUUAAUACCUAGGUAGCAUUAUUUCAUGGAUAUCUUAAAAAAUAUAGUUGUAUUUUUAUGUGCAUUUAUUUUGAUAGCCUUAAAACAUUUAUGCAUGAAUAAAACAGUACAAAAACUGCCAGAUAUAUAUGCUGGGACACCACAUUGAUUGGUCAGUAGUGUGGUUUGUGUGAAGUGGCUGGUGGUAUCCUGUAUUUAGCAACAAAGAAUCAUCUCUCUAAAAACAGUGGUCCCCCACCAUUUUGGCACCAGGGACCGCUUUUGUGGAAGAUGGGGUAGGGGGGCUCCGGUUGGGGCAUGGAGCUCCCGUGAGCUUUGCUCCCUCACUAGGAGCUGUAGAUGGGGUGGGGUGGAGACAGGAGGCAGAGCUUCGUUUGCAGCUUAGUUCCUUGGGGACCCCUGCUGUAGGUCAAAUUUAGUGAAUGUUUUGUAUGUGUUUGACUUUUAAAAGUAUUACUCAGCCCAUAGAGUAUUACUAGCUACUUCAUAAACAUUUGCAAUUGUGAUGUAACUUUUGUCUGGAACAAACAGAUUCAGAGAUUUACCCAAAUGCCUAGAUGAGUCAUUUCAUAACGAGAAUGGACUGUAACAGGUCCCUUGAUUCUAUGAUUGCCUUAAAUGAACAUUCCUAAAUGAUUUUAGCGUUCUAAAUAACGCUGGCUUUUGAACUAUCCACUGGUUUACUUCUGAAAUGAGAAUCCGAGGCAUCUCAGUGUGUCCGGGUACACUUUUGUGUGUGUUUAUGUUUUUGUACCUGCAACAUCUUGAAAUCUAUUUCAUUGUUCAUUGUGAAUUCUUUCCGUGUUAUUAUUACUGUUUCAUUUCCUUUUUACUUUGCCUUUUUGUUUCGUACGGGGUAAAAUGAAAUCUGGAAACGUGAGCCGGAUGGGCCAGAAGCAGUGCGGCACACGGCACACGGCAGUGGCUCACGCGCGUGCAGGUCUGGUCUGUGUUCUACGUUGCGUUUUCCCGAGUUGAGGAGAGCAUAAGCCCUUGUUCCUCAGACCCGUUUUGAUAAAAUGGGGAAAGUAGAGCUGGGUUUUGGCUUUAUUUUUAUUUUUGCUAUUAGUGAUGAUGUUAAAAAAACAACAGCAACAAAAGGUUGCAGCACUACAAUAUCCACAGUGAAUAAUCUCACAGUUUUUAUCAGCACCGCGCUCUAACCAACUGAGCUAACUGGCCGGCCUAAGCUUUUAGAUUCAGAAUAAUUUGUCUCAAGAUCUGACAGAAACAAUGCAUUAAUAAUUCUGUUUUCUUCACUUGAAAUUUAUUAUUAAAUAAUUGUUGCUCUUUUUUCUUCUUGUAAUAGGAAAAGAACACUCAACAGUUCAGUUUGCAGUUUCCCAUGGAAACUGUUGAGUGUUCAUUUUGACUGUGUAUUGUUUUUAUUAGGUUUCACUAGUGUAGAGUAGGAAGUUUCUUGUAUCCCAGUGUUGUAUCUACGACAGUAAAGUGCCAACAGAUGUGCGGUUUCAAGGUGCCCAGACUGGGGAAAGGGAUUUGCAGCAGUGUUGUGCACAAGGGCUAUUACUGCUUGGCUUGGGUGCCCCCAAACACAAAUGAACUGUCCCCUUCAGUCACCCUAAUGUUUUGUCCUUUUCAAUUCAUCUAAUUAGUGAUUAUUACAUAAUCUGUUUACUGUGGACCUAUUACAGGUGAAAGGAUAUGGGAAUUUUUUUCAUUGCAAUAUGGAGUCAUAUGGAUUGAGAAAUUAUAUUUGAAUUACCUGAAGUUCAUAUGCAGGUUUUACAUGGCAUUUUGGAUCUGCUGGGCCCUAGCGGUGUACUUAAAAAUGAACAGCUUUAUUGAGGUAUAAUUUACAUGCUGUACAACUCACCAGCUGUCAGUGUACAAUGCAGUGAUUUUUGCACACCUUUAUGGUUGUGCAGCCAUCACCACAAUCCAGUUUUAGGACGUUUUCAUCUCCCAAAAGAUCCCGUUGCUUGUUUGCAGACUCAUAGCUAACUAAAGGUGAGCACCGUUCCCAGUGUAUGGAGGAUGAUGAAAAAGACUGGAGAAGGUUCUGUCGGGUUUGUUUUCAAGGGUAGAGACAUACUUGAAUCUAAGCUCAGGAACCUUGUGCUGAUGUAUUAAAGUUUGUUAUCUCAAGUGCCAUAAUGAUACAGACAUUUAACAGUGUGGGUUGGGGUCACAGAGUCUGCCGUUGCUGUGGCUGUGCUGUUGAGGAGCAAACUAAUGGGAAGCAGUAUGUCAUUUUAAAUUUUCUAGCAGCAACAUUUAAAAAAUAAAAAGAAAUAGCUGGAAUUAAUUUAAAUAAUAUAGUUCAUUUAACUCAGAUCUAAAAUAUUAUUGUCCAGUAUUAGCCAGUAUUUAAAAUCAUUGAUCCCUUACACUCUUCUUUUGUACUAGUUAUGUGAAAUCUGGUGCAUACUUUGCUGAUUUGGACGAGCCGCGUUGCUCACUGUCCACAUGAGGCCAGUGAUCUGUAUGGAAUGGCACAGCUCUAAUGUGUGUAUAUUAUACAUGUAUAUUUAUAGAAAAAAUUGUUAUUCUAUAGUAUGAAGUAGAGAAUUUCAUGAAAUUACUCUUAAACACAAAAUCUUUCCUGAUUUCUGAACCUUCAAGGCUUACUAAAUGGGGACUUUGGAACAUUAGAAAUAAAUCAGUUAGUUGUUGUCAAUAAAAUAAAAAUGAUAGCCCCCCAAAGCUUUCUUUAAAGAUAACUUUUCAUAGGGCGGUUCAUGAAAGAAUAUAAUCUGCUUUGUUAUGUGGUUGAUUGUUUUUCUCUAGCUGAUAGCUAGUUUGUAUUAGAAACAUGUAUGCAGGAAUACUUGGCAUGCUACUGUUUUUAGUACAUAGUACCUUUUUUAUAAGGAAAUUAAUUUCAUACAAGAAAAAUAAUUUAUCCUAAGUGAUACUUUUGCAUGAGAUAUUAGUUCUAUUGAUAGCUCUUGAUUAACUAUUGAAGUUCGACACAAUAAUGAGGAAAAUAAUUGUGAGAAUUUAGUGUUCUGCAGUUAUGUGUGAUAGAAACUUUUAAGAAUAUUAAAAAUCUCUGUACCUCACUGUUCAUUGUGGUUGGACAUAUUUGAAAUUACAGAUUUCUGUGUCUAAAGUUAUCUCCCGGAAAAAGAAGUUUUGAAGUAUGAGUGAUUCCCUUUGAUAUAGGUAAAAGUUUUACCUGUCUACUCAAGAACACACUAGCAUCCUUAAACCAUGCUGUUAAAAUCUAGUGUCUUUUAAUUUAGUGGGUUCUGUAGCUAUACCAGCCCUAUGGAUGAAUUAACAGAACCUGGAGAGGUUGGAGAAUUGGCCGGAUUUCUGUCGGACCCUGUGCUGUGCGAUGACCUGUCUGUGUAUCUCCCAGGCCUUACUCACCUUGUAGAGCCAGGGGGCGGUGGGAUCUGAGCAUGGAAGAAGCGUUGGGUUAAUCCCAGAGUACAGGAAAGUGACAUCAUGAUUUCUUCAUCAUUUUGUUGUUUCCAAAGGUUUUCACAUGUAUGAUUAAAUAAAAAUUUAUCUCCUGCAAUUCAAUAAAAGCUAAUAUAGAUUUUAUUUCUAAGACAUUUAUGGUUUCUUUGUGAGCCAGUCUGUAAAACAAGAACCUUUAUUCAACUGAGAGCAUGUAUUAAUAUAAAUAAAAUGUGUAUAUAUUUUUUAAUGGCUGUGAAAUAUAUCAGAAUAAAAUUUCUAGAAUCUUGUAAUUUAUCCUUGAUACUGUUUGUAUAAGUUGCUUUAAUCUUUUUGACAAAUAAUUUCAUAUAUCUGAACUUAAAGUAUACAACUUAACUUCCUGAGCUCUUCCAAAACUAUGCAUAUAAACUGGAAAAUAAAGAUUAAUAAUGCACAUGCUAACCUCCUGCCA